AUGUUCAUUGGCGGACGCUCCGUGCUGGGCUUUGAUGCUGCUAUAGCCAGUGCGGCAGGGCCGGCGUAUAUCGUCGAAUUGGCCCACCCUUCGUACCGUGGGUCUCAAGCUGGAAUGUGUAAUCUUUGCACCCUCUUCUCUGGCAAUAUCCUUGCCGGCUGGACGACGUACGGCAGCGAUCUUCACUUGAAGAAUAGCUGGGCAUGGCGCAACCCCACUCUUGUGCAGUGUAUCAUGCCCGCCAUCGCCAUGAUUUUCAUAUAUUGCUUCCCGGAGAGCCCACGCUGGCUCAUCAAUCAGGACCGUCGAGAAGAGGCUAUAAAGAUUUUGCCAAGUAUCAUGCCGACGGGGACGUCCAUGCGCCGAUCGUGA